UUGUCCUUUUCACAUUGGUCGCCUCUUUAUUCAAAACCCAGCUUGGAAAUUAAACUGGGGAGGAGAUCUUCGCAUGAAAUCUGGUCAGAUCUUGUUUUGUGGGAUUUGGAUUUUGGUGGGUCUUUUUUUUCCCUUUCUCAUUAUAAAGUAGGGGAAAAAGUGAGAAAUAACAAUUCAAAAAACAAAAAAAGAAAAGAAACAAAUAGUGAAGGCCCCUUUUUCCCAUCAUAAUUCAUACAUAUACAGAUAUACCCCUUUUUAAAAUUUCUCCAUUUUAUUUCUCUUGAUAUAUACCAUCUUUAAAUCCAAGUCCCUGCAAUUCUUGGGAUUUUGGUGGAAGGAAUGGGAAUGGCUGCUGCAGACCCACAGUUUCAUGUUCUUGCUGUUGAUGAUAGCCUCAUUGACAGAAAGCUUGUUGAGAGGCUCUUCAAAACUUCAUCUUGUCAAGUUACUGCAGUUGAUUCUGGUUUAAAGGCCUUGGAAUUUCUUGGCUUACUGGAAAAUGACCAGAACAGACCAACCCAACCUUCUGUUUUGCCCAACCACACCAACCAGGAGAUGGAAGUCAAUCUUAUCAUCACAGAUUACUGCAUGCCUGGGAUGACUGGCUAUGAUUUGCUCAAGAAAAUCAAGGAAUCUGCAGCUCUGAGAAACAUACCAGUAGUCAUAAUGUCAUCUGAGAAUGUUCCUUCAAGAAUCAAUAGAUGUUUAGAAGAAGGGGCAGAGGAGUUUUUCUUGAAGCCAGUGAGGUUAUCAGAUGUGGACAAGCUUAUCAAGCCUCGUAUGAUGAAAGCUAGAUGCGAAAAGCAGCAUAAACCCGAGAUUGAUGACGACACUCAGGCAUUAGAAAAUAGUGACCAGGACUCGUCUCCAGAAGAUGAGUCAUCGGUCAUUACCCAACUUCUUCCAAUCAUUACGCAACUUCAUCCUCUUCGACAAACCGACGAGACAAACGAUAAUAAUAAUAAUAAUAGUAACAAGAGGAAGGUCUGGGAAGAGUCAGAUCGACCGAGAACCAGAACCAAAGGUCCUGACACAGAUCAAGAUCAAGUGACUGAGCGGGAAGAACAUGUCGUUGCUUGCAACCAAAUUGUCGCCAACACACUUCUUGGGUGAGUGCAUUGUCAAGCCCGUGUGGAGCAACGGACGAUUACAUUCCCAAGUCUCAAAUACUAUAUAUGAUAUUUAUUUUUCGAGUUUCCCCUUUUUUUUAUAUCUGUGUUUGAUUUUGGUGUCCUUUUUUUCUUAUUGCAUGGGUGUCCUUUUUUUCUUCUCUACCUGCAUGCAUGUUUGGAAUGGUGCAGGGAGAAAGAGAAAGAGAGAUUUGUGAUUAUAUCACUGAUAUGUAUACAUUAUAUAAGUAUUAAUAGUAUAUAUAUAGCAUAGAUACAAGGGAGAGAUAUUGCUCCUUGUUUGGCCAUAGUUUAAUUCAUGUGUCUCUCCUGUUUUGGAGGGCAUUACAUUCUUAGAUCAUCUACCAUGCUAGGAUCAUCUUAUUGGUAUUCAAUUGUGAACCCACAAAUUGCUAUGGAGAAAUGCAUCAUUACGAGUUUACAACUAAAACAUGCUCUAUAUAUCAAAGAGUAAAUUCUAUUAUUGUUA